UCAAAUCCAUUGCCGUGGAUCUGCGGGAGAACCAAAAAUCGUCGACCGCUACACCGACGACGGCGACCACCCGGGGAACGCCUCUACCACUGCCGCAUGCCAUCAUCUAGCGCCGAACGGUCUGCCAAUUGAAGCCGUAAAUUCCAAACAUCCGACUGUCCUCCGAACUUCUGGCCUGAUCUCUCUUUUUUCAUUCUUCAGCGAAGGGCUAUUUCGACGCACUGACAUAUCUUUACUAUGGCGUCCGACGAACCUUCAAGUCAUCUGGCUGAAUCUGGAGUCACGAUACGUUCCGACAGUGAACAUUACUCUGCCGGGGAAGAAAACACGACCUCGCCUGCUUCAUCCGGAAGUCCUGCAGUCAUUCUGUACCAGCCCCCAACAGUUUGGUCAUUGGUGAGGAGUGCUGCCAUAAACCUGCUACUCCCCUUCAUCAAUGGCAUGAUGAUGGGCUAUGGCGAGCUUUUCGCACACGAGAUCGCCUUUAGGCUAGGCUGGAGUGGCACAAAAGUAUUUCCCCUCACAAGGAGAACAAGACAUCCUGUGGGCCCCGGCGUUGAGGUCAUUGACAGGCCACGCCCGGCAACUAGCCUGGAUGAUCUGACGAGCUUGGAGUGAUUGUCAUAUACACCGAACAUCUACAAAUAUACCACCCUCAUCCAUUCAAUCUUGGGGAUACACGUGUACUGUCUGCAUAUCUCAUACCCGUUUGGAGCAUCACCAUACCGAUAAUGCGGUAGAAAGACACCUAUGAUAGAGAAACCAUCUACAUGCUGACGAGGAAGCCCUGUGUACCAUGUCGCGAAGGUUGGCCUCAGUCGAAGGGAAAACCUUCACGGACAAUACCGUGAGG